GGCUCGUGGCCUCCACUUCCGGGUGCUCUGGGGCCAGAGCAGGGAGGGACGGGGUGGCAGGUGAAGGGUCAGCCCUGGGGCUCCCUGGCUGUGGCAGUGGCGGGUCAGUGCCCGGGAGCCGCCUUGCGGCCCGCUGUGAGCCGGGCCGGGCCGGCAGGUCCGCGGGGCAGCCAGCGUGGUGGAACACGAGGCAGCGCCAGGAGCAAGAGGUGAUGCCGGAGGCCCGGCGGGAGGAGAGCUGCAGAGGGCGCCAUGUUUUGGAAGUUUGACCUGCACACAAGCUCACACAUCGACACGCUGCUGGAGCGGGAGGGCCUGAGCCUGCCCGAGCUGCUGGAUGAGGAGGACGUGCUGCAGGAGUGCAAAGUCGUCAACCGCAAGCUGCUGGACUUCCUGCUGCAGCCACCCCAUCUGCAGGCCAUGGUGGCCUGGGUCACCCAGGAGCCCCCCGCCAGCGGCGAGGAGCGGCUGCGCUACAAGUACCCCAGUGUGGCGUGUGAGAUCCUGACGUCGGACGUGCCCCAAAUCAACGACGCCCUGGGCGCGGAUGAGGCCCUCCUGAACCGGCUCUACGGCUUUCUGCGUGGCAGUGGCAGCCUCAACCCGCUGCUUGCCAGCUUCUUCAGCAAGGUCAUGGGCAUCCUCAUCAACCGCAAGACGGACCAGCUGGUGUCCUUCCUGCGCAAGAAGGAUGACUUUGUGGACCUGCUGCUGCAGCACCUGGGCACCUCGGCCAUCAUGGACCUGCUGCUGCGGCUCCUCACCUGCGUGGAGCGGCCACAGCUGAGGCAGGACGUUGUCAGCUGGCUCAAUGAGGAGAAGAUCAUCCAGCGCCUCAUCGAGCUCAUCCACCCCUCCAAAGACGACAGCCAACACUCCAACGCGGCCCAGUCCCUGUGUGACAUCAUCCGCCUGAGCCGGGAGCAGAUGGUCCAGGUCCAGGACAGUCCCGAGCCUGACCAGCUGCUGGCCACACUGGAGAAGCAGGAGACGAUCGAGCAGCUCCUGAGCAACAUGUUUGAAGGAGAGCAGAACCCGUCCGUCAUCAUCAAUGGGAUCCAGGUGCUGCUGACUCUGCUGGAGCCCCGAAGGCCCAGGCCCGACUCUGUGACCAUGAACAACUUCUUCUGCAGUGUGGACGGGCAGCUGGAGCUCCUGGCCCAGGGCACCCUGGACAGCGCUGUGGCCACCUUGGGCACCCUGCAGGCCCUGCGGCCACGGCUCAGCUACUUCCACCAGCUCCUGCUGCAGCCGCCACCGCUGGAGCCACUGCAGACCACGUGGGGCCACCUGACCCCACCCCUGGGGAACACGCGGCUGCAUGUGGUCAAGCUGCUGGCCAGUGCCCUGAGUGCCGGCGACUCGGCCCUGACACAGGAGCUGCUGGCACUGGACGUGCCCAACACCGUGCUGGACCUCUUCUUCCACUACGUCUUCAAUAAUUUCCUGCACACACAAGUGGAGAUGUUCGUGAGCGCCAUGUUGAGCACAGGGCCCCCACCUGACAGCAGCCCCGAGACUCCGGUCCCCAACCCUGCUGUCAAACAUCUGCUGCAGCAGUGCCGCCUGGUGGAGCGGAUCCUGGUGUCGUGGGAGGAGAACGAUCGAGUGCAGUCUGAGGGCGGCCAGCGGAAAGGCUACAUGGGCCACCUGACGCGGAUCGCCAAUACCCUGGUGCAGAGCACGGAGAAGGGGCCCAGCGCUGAGCAACUGGGGCAGCUGCUGAAGGAGCUACCGGGCGAGCAGCAGGAGCGCUGGGAGGCCUUCGUGUCAGGACCCCUGGCCGAGACCAACAAGAAGAACACGGUGGACCUGGUGAACACCCACCACCUGCACUCCUCUAGUGACGACGAGGACGACCGGCUGAAAGAGUUCCACUUCCCCGAGGAGGCCGUGCUGCAGCAGGCCUUCAUGGAUUUCCAGAUGCAGCGCAUGACCUCAGCCUUCAUCGACCACUUCGGGUUCAACGACGAGGAGUUUGGGGAGCAGGAGGAGAGCGUGAAUGCGCCUUUUGACAAGACAGCCAACAUCACGUUCUCCCUCAAUGCUGACGACGAGAACCCCAACUCCAACCUGCUCGAGAUCUGCUACAAGGACCGGAUCCAGCAGUUCGAUGACGAGGAGGAGGAGGAAGAUGAAGAAGGCCAAGGUUCUGGGGAAUCGGAUGGAGAGGAUGGCACCUGGCAGAACCGCCAGCUGGGGAGGGGUCCGCGCCUGGGCCAACCCCAGAGUGUCCGGAGUGGAGGCAGCACAGACAGUGAGGAGGAGGAAGAAGAGGAGGAGGAGGGGGAGGAGGACGAGGAGGACGGCGAGCGCCACGUGGCCAGGGGAGGGGCCGCCUUGUUCACCAGCCCCGGCCCUCAGGGCCCCAGCUGGACAGCCACCUUCGACUCAGUGCCUACAGGAACCGCAGCAGACCCCCAAGUCUCUGAGAAAGAGGGGCCAAGCCCUGGGCCCCCAGCCCCCCAGGGGCCUCGCAGUCUCCCCCAGGGCCUCCCCUCUCAGAACCUGGCCGCCCUUCCGGCCAGCAGUGCCCUGCAGGUCAGGUCUAAGGACCCUGCGCCCCCCUCAGCACCUCAGGAAGCCACAGGCAGCGGCCGUGUAGCGGAGCCCUCAGCCCCCUGCCAGGCCUUAGUCAGCAUUGGGGACCUCCAGGCCACCCUCAACGGGAUGCAGUCCGCCUCCAGCUCCUCGGACAGUGCUCCCGGAGACCCCUCUACCUCUGUCCCAGCCUCCGGGGCCCCCCAGCUUCCCCUGACCACUGUGGGGGAAAAGAGCCCAGAGACACUGGGGCUUCCCCCAAGCCAGAGUGCCCAGGCCCUGGAGCCGCCGCCUCCGAUGCCCAAUGGCUCUGCCCCGGGCGCCCAGUGAGUGUGGGCUGCGGCCCAGGGGGCCCCACAGGGCAGGAGGGCACCCUCCCACUGCUCACCUGCCCUCCUCUGGUCUCGUCCCCAGGUAGCUGCCUGGGCCCGGUGGCGCUGGUGGCCAAAUCAUCCAGCCUCCCAGUGGACUCUGCCCAGGGUCCCAGGGUGGCCCCACUUUCCCCAUCAACCCCUUAUGCCACCCCCUCCUCUCCCACAUCCUCUCUUCUGACUCCCAGGAGCCUGGUGCCAGGGAGAGACAGGCCCCCGCCCCCACCCCCACCCCCAUUUGCACUGAAAAAAGGAAUUAUGGAGCUUUGCCUCCUGGAAUAAAGCUAUAAGAGAGUCAAUCAGAGAGGAGAGAGGGACCUAUGCUAUAUAUUAUAUAUAUAUAUAUAUUGUGGGAGGAAGGGCAGUUGGCGUGGGAGAGAAGCAGCAAGAACAGCAGUGCUGGGGCUGGGGGCACGGGGCCGAGGCGCAGCCGGAGCCGCCACCAGUGGUUGGCCUCGUCCCCCUGCCUGUCCUGGGUCUGGAAAGCGAGCCGGCAGCCCCCCGCACUCACACUUGGCCUUUAGCUCAGGUCUCUUGGGGGAGGAGUUGGUGGGGGCAGAGGGGCCCGAGGGGCAGUGCCUUUGCCCCCACCCCCUCACCCCCCGAACCCUGCACUUUCACCCAGGCUGGGAGCUGAAGGGCCCCCGCCUGCCCCAGCUCUGCCGGGGAGUGGGGCUGGACGUCCCUGUAAGUAGGGACCCCCCUGUGACAUUCCUGUGGGGCCUGGACACGCCCACACCCACACUUCCCUCCCCCUCUGCAUCUCUCACAGACCCCGGGUGGGGGUCUGGCUGGGUCCCCCUGACCAUCCUGAGUGUCUGGGGCUCCAGCCCUGGCUGCCAAGUGGCCUUGUCCCCAGCUCCUUCUCCCCAAGCUGGCGUGAGUGUGAGCGUGUGUUCGUGCCGAGCUUUUAUUUCAUAUUGCAAAUAUAAAUAAAGGAAAACAAUUUAAGUUU